AGUAAUUAAACAAAAAAAAGAGUAAAUGAAGAAGCAGCAUGAAGCAACGGUGAGGUUGAGCUCAUGCGAUGACAACUCCCCCGAUAUUUUCGUUGGCUUCACUUUUCGUCAAUUCUUUAAAGCCCUAAAAAACGUAGAGAGAGUGCACAGCGCAUAGCACAGCAUAAAUACAGCAUAGGCGACGGUGAAGGCGACGCAGCCUCUUAUCUUUGAAAUCGAAUCCCUUUACAACCAAACGGACAGGAAGUUCUCCUCAGCGUGACUGCAGUGUUAGUCCCAUGGUUUUAGGGGAUGAUCUGGUAAAAUGUGCUGAUACUCAACCAGGAAGAGAUGGGAGAGAUCUAGAUAGGGAUUCUAGUAGGAAUCGGUAUAGCAGAAAUGGUGAAUCUUAUAGAUAUUCUGAUCGACAGUCUUCCAAGAGUACUCAUGGUUACUCCAGGCAUGAUGAUUAUGUCAGAAAUGACAAACGUGCAGAUGAAGAUAGCAAGUACAAGCGAUUGUCCUCUCGUUCUGGGGAAUCAAGAGUUAGCACUCACUCUGAUCAUCCAAGAAAAGAAAGUGACCAUAUUAGGUCAAAAGACUAUUCACGUGCUGACAAAUAUUCUCAUGAUAGAUAUGAUGGUUCAGGACAUAGGAGCAGGGACAAGGAGAAAGAAGCACCAUCUCUAGAGCAUCAGAAAUAUAAAGACAAGGAUUCAUCUUUUGACAGGGUUGGCUCUGGUAGGAGAUAUGGCAACUCUAUUUCUGAAGAGAUGGAUAGAGAUCGAAGAAGGCGGGGCAGAGAUGGUCGAGAUGAAAAAGGGGACUAUCAUAGAAGCUCGGGAGAUAGAAGAGGUGAGAAGACAGCAUCUUACGAAGAAUCCAGGGGCCACCGGAAUGACUCAUCUUCUGGGAGGGAGAGGGACAAUGAUAAACAUCACCUUAAAGAAGGUUACAAGAGUGGGCUGAAGGAUGUAGAUGGUCGAAAGCCUGAAAAGAAGGAGAGACUGAAAUAUGAUGAAGGGGAAACUAAUCUGGAAAAGGACAAGUAUGGUGGAUUUCUGAAGGAGCAAUCUGAAGAAAAGUCUAUAUUUGACAGUAAAAAUCAUGAAUCUCCAAUUAAGAAACCGAAACUCUUUGACUCAGGCAAGGGCAUUGAUUAUGUUUCUAAGUCUUCUUCUACUAUAGCUGAUGAAAAGCGGCCAAGUUUAGAGAAAGCUGAGGAGAGUGGUGGAAGAGUGACUGUGGGACAGGCUCAUGGCAACGAUGUUGACAUCACUAAUGACCUAAAUGCUGCAAAAAUUGCUGCAAUGAAAGCUGCUGAAUUAGUUAAUAGGAACCUUAUUGGAGCGGGCCAUAGUAAUAUGACUACUGAGCAAAAGAAGAAGUUACUGUGGGGGAGCAAGAAAAGCACCCCUGCGGAAGAGUCGGGUCAUCACUGGGAUACGACACUAUUCGGUGAUCGUGAGCGACAAGAGAAGUUCAAUAAACUGAUGAGUCUGAGGUUGCCUUGGUACCUAUGGCCAAUUGUAGGGUGUGAAAGGGGACGUGAAGGUGGAGCACAAACCGGACAAGCAGGAUGGCAGUGGUCUCCUUCAAGCAGAGAAGCAGCGGGAACUCCAGCUGGAUUUGGAGAAGCAGUACACUGCUGGACUUCGACGAAGGGACGGUCGCACUGUUGGAUUAGGUCUUUGAGCAUCAAAACAGGAAAUUUGUGGUGCUACGUAGGAAUGCUUUGUGACAUUCUGUUGUACUUUUUGUGGAAGGACUUUUCAUGCUAUGGCAUUCUGAGGAAAAAUAUGCUUUUGUUGGAUGUUUCACGUCUCAGCAGAUGGUUCUAACCUUGUGCCUUUCAAUUUAUAAAUAAGCUCUCUCUCUCUCUCUCUCUCUCUCUCUAUAAUCCUCUGAUAUCAAUUAAAUGAAGCAUAAAUCUGGUACUUGACCAAUAAAAACAAGAUUUUUUUAGGGGGUAGGGGUAAUUAGUCAUAAGAUUUUGGUGGAAGGAAAGGUAUAUAAUUCUUUUCUCGAUUGUCUAAUGCAUAACAAACUGUCCAACUCUCUACUUAUCCGUCCUUUUUGGGGUUUGGAUUGGCUAUACAAUGACAAACAUUUUGCUGUGAGCCCAGAAAGGUGCAUCA